UUCCAAUGAUUGAGAAAAAUAAAUAUUGUUAAUCGUGUGACUAUAUUCAUUUUGAAUUAUAUCGAAAACUGUUUAUUCGUAUUGGUUCGUACAAAGUGUAAUACAAUGUAAAAUUGAAAUAUAAUUUUAUAUUUUUAUGUGAAAACUUUAUAUCAUACUUUUGUGGAGAGUAAUAAAAGAAAUCUUUCAUUAAAUAUGUUGAUUUAUGACGUUUUACAUAAAGAAAAAGUGUAUGAAAUCGUUAUUAACGAUCUCAGAAACAUUGGGAUAAAAUAUCGCUUUAAAAAGAAUGCGAUUAAAACAGAUAAAUUUGAAAAAAGUAAAAAUAUUUCAAAGAAAGUCUUCAGAACACCUUUAUCAUAUCAACCGUUAGAUGUUGUUAAUCUAUCAUCAGGUGGCAUAGUUCAUGUGCCUGUAUUCGUCAGUCAGGCAUCUGCAUUUCUUGAGAAACAUAUAACCCAAGAAGGUUUAUUCAGAAAAGCUGGAUCUCAUAUGAGACAAAAAGAAUUAAUGUCAUACUUGGAUAAAGGUUCUUUAUUGGGAGAAAAAAAUCAUGCAAUCGAUGUUGCCAAUUGUUUAAAAACAUUUUUCAGAGAUCUUCCGGAGCCAUUAAUUCCAUAUACAUACCAUGAUUUAUUUUUACACUGUGCAAUGUUGAAAAACCACCGUGUUCAAGCAUUGUUAUUGGCUUGUGUGUUGUUACCUCCUUAUCAUUUAAAUACUUUAGCAUUUGUAAUGGAAUUUUUUAAAAAAGUAUCUCUCUAUGAGAAACAGAACAAAAUGAGUAUUGAUAAUUUAGCAAAAGUUAUUGGCCCUAAUAUUAUGCCUUUAAGAGAAGCUACUAUGAUGGCAGUUCAAAGUAGACUUGAAUUGCAUUUAAUUAUUGUCAAGAUUUUGAUAGAAAAUGCUGAAAAUAUUGGGGUUUUACCAGACCAUAUAACACAUCUUAUUUUAUCUGAAGUAAUUGGUAGCAUUGAUAAUGAAUUGGAUCUAUCUGAUUCGCAAUUACAUGGGAAAUUGAAGAAAAAGAAAUAUCGCAGUGGAAGUCUUACGCGUAAGCCACAUCUAAGUGCCUCUAACCUGAAUCUAAGAAUGCUCCAUGGUUUAAAGAAGAUAGUUGGAAAAAGUAAUUCACCUAUAAAUGCAGAAAUAAACGAGAAUCAAGAUUCUAUUACUAACUCAAAUAUGACCUGCACAUCAUCUAUUAAAUCUACGAAAAAGCGGAAAGUCAUCGAAUGGCUAGACCCACAAAGUACUAAAAAAAAGAGGAUUAGUGAUAAAAUAGAAAAAUCUAAGAAAACUGGUUUGAAUAUAGAUCGUUUUGUAUCAAAAAGUAAACAAGUUUACAUACUCUCAUUGAUGUUUCAGAAGGUAGACUCUAGUUCAAGUAUACGUACAUUUAAUCCUUAUACUGAUAGACGAUGGAGUUUGGCACAUAAUUCUCCUGUAUCAUUUGAAAAGCGCAGAACAAAUAGUGAUGGUUCAUUGCAUCUAAAAAAGUCAAUAUUAAAGGAAACAGAAACUUCGAAUUCUAACAAUCAUAGCAAUUAUAGUGAUGUAUUUGUUGAUGCUGAUAUCAAUUUAUCAGAUUAUAAUAAUGAACAAGUAUUGUUAAAAAAGGAAACCAAUAAUACUGAUAUCAAUCAAUGGCAUAUUAAAUUUAAUAAUAGUUCAGAGAAAUUGAAACAUACGAACAAACAUUCAGAGCCACCUAUAGGAACAGCAGUAACAAAAGAUGAAUAUGAAGAAUAUGUAAGGAUACCAAAAAGUGAAUAUGAAGAAAUAAAAAAUAGAGUUUCUGCUAUAGAAUCUCGUAUAUCGCAAGAAUUUGGAUAUAUUGAUGAUGCAAGAAAUGAAAGUUUGAUAGAAAAUUCUGUAAAUAAAGUACAAACAGAGUAUGAAAAAACGUUAGAAGAAGCAGGUAUAAAAAAUAUUGUGACAGCCGAUCAUUUAGCAAAAAAACUUGGAAAAGAGCUAAAAAUCAGAAGAUCGAGUGAACGUAAAGUGAUAAGAUCCCCAAGUGCUCGAAAAAUAGGAAGCUUACGAAGACGAUCACAAGAAAAAAUUAAAAGUAAAUGUGUUAGUCGUACCGAUUCAUGGCAUGCGUCUCAAGAGUGGCAACGUAAAUGUAGAAAUCAAUCCAACGAGCAAGAGAUAGUUUGUCUUGCAAAUGAAGAACCAGAUACAGCUGUUGAGCUAACAAAACAAGUAUCAAGUUUGAGAAAUGAUUCAUUGUGCAGUUCAAAGACAAAUACAAGAUUGGAAUUAUUACAAAAACAGUUAAAUGACUUAAUCUCUCAUACAACAGAACAUACAAGAGAUUCGCUAACUGAUGAUGAAUCAAUUAUAAAUGACAUCAAUAUGCAUACACCAAAACAAAAUCCAUUAAAGUUCUCCGUUCGUAGAGCAUCAUCUUUUCAUGGCAAUGAAUUUAUAAACAAUUCAUUUUACUUUAAUCGAAAAGUCAAAGAAUUGAAAAAAACCAAUAGCCAACAAAAUGUCUUUUUAAAUAAUGAUUAUCAAAAUAGACAAAACGACGUGUCUCAAAAUUGGAAAGAAACAUCGAUUUCUUGGAAAGAUGCGGGUGAUUAUUUCAAAUCUACUGUUCAAAUACGUACGCCAGUUCCUCAAACGGGUCGAGCAUCUGUUGCUAAACUUAGAACUCAAAAUGCUGGUAUGGUGUUAGCUAAAGCAAAACUAUUUGAUGAAAAUACAAUAAAGGUGUCUACAUGUACGUUUGACAAUGGUCAAAAUCAAAAAGGUUAUGUAGUAAAUACAAAUAAAAAAGAAUUUGCAAAAGAAUCUAAAAGUGAAAAAAUAAAUAUUAUGAACAUAGAAAAGUCAUGUUGCGAUUUAGAAACUAAACGUAAUAUUUCAGUACAUAAAAGACUUGAAAGACAUUCAAGGAAUAAAAAUUUGACUCAAUUCCAGUCACCAAAAAUGUCUUUAAGAAAUAAGAAUAAUUCAAUGGAUAUAUCAUUAGAAAUAAAUGAAGAAGACUUUGAAAAACAUUAUAACAGACGACACUGUGAAAAAUAUAAUCAAAAUUUAUUAGAGAAAAGUAAUAAGUCGCCAAUGCAGAAAUCGUACUAUUUAAAUGAACAGAACAAUAAAGAAUAUAAAAAGUGUAGUCCCCAAAAAGAAAAUAUAGUGGUAAAAACUUCUUCUAUAUUGAAAAACACAUCUACAAAUAAAGUAGAUGAGGAAUCAAAUGUGAAUAUUUAUAAGUCUGAAAAUGGAUUAUGUAAAACUCCACAUAUCAAAAGACCAUUAGCUAUUAAAACACCUAAAAGUUCUAAAUCUCUUGUGAGACGUCCACCGUUAGACACACGUAGAACACCUUUGAAAGCUAUUGCACAUUUAGAAGUAUCAAAAUAUCAAAGUCCUAAGCGUAUUUCGAAACCUAAAAAUUUAAUGAAUGAACAUUAAGUAUUAAGUCUUCAAUAGAAAACUAUAAUAAUGAAUGCUUCCAAUAUGUG